UUAAAAAGCCGAUGGAGGUUAGAACCAUAUGUAAAAGCCCUUCUAAUUGAAAACGAUCAAAAUGGAAGACCUAAAGGAAGAGAGUGUAAGAGGAGGAAGAGGAAGCACUAAGCAAGAGGUGUGCAAAGAGUUGAAACCAUAUAUCUAUUGCAUAUUCUCUUCUUUUUGCUAUGCAGGAUUCAACAUAGUCUCCAAGGUCUAUCUAGACAAAGGCAUGAGUCUUUAUGUGCUUGUUGCCUAUGGACAUGCAUUUGGAACUUUAGCUACUGCUUUUCUUGCAUUUCUGUUUGAGAGGAAAAAUGACAGCAAAAUUAGUGUACCAAUCUUACGAAAUGUCUUCUUCUUGGGUCUGCUGGGAGCCGUGUUAGGGAGGACACUAUUUUACGCAGGACUAGAACACACUUCACCAGCGUUUGCAUCUGCCUUUUCCAACUUAAUUCCAUCAAUUACCGUUAUCUUGGCAGUUUUGUGCAGGAUGGAGAAAUUACAGAUUUCAAAGCGUAGUUCUCAAGCCAAGAUAUUGGGAACUAUUGUAGCAUUUGCUGGUGCAACACUGAUGAUCCUGUACAAGGGUAUCGCCUUGAUUUCUCUACAUAAUCACCACUCACAUCAAUCUGCCAAUUCGUCAAAAGUAUUCUUAGACAAAGAUUCAAUAAAAGGUUCCCUCAUGCUUGGCGUUUCAUACAUUUCAUUGUCAGCGUUCUACAUCUUACAGACCAUUACAAUUAAGAUGUAUCCAGCACCAAUCACACUUACAUCUUUAACAUGCUUAUCGGGUACAAUACUCUCCACAAUCAUGACCGCAAGUUUGGAUCAUAAAGCUUCGUCAUGGAAGUUAUCAUGGAACAUCACCCUACUAGCUCCAAUUUAUAGUGGAGUUGUGAUAUUUGGAAUCACAGUAUAUCUUCAAACAUUGGCAAUAAGACAAAAAGGGCCAGUUUUCAUGACAGCAUUUAGACCAUUGUCCACAGUAAUUGUAGCCAUUACAGGUCUAUUCCUUUUAGGCGAUGCUUUAUAUUUUGGAGGCGUUAUUGGAGCUAUGAUGAUAAUUCUUGGUUUGUACGCAACUCUAUGGGGGAAGCAAAGAGAGAAGGCAGAGAAGCUGUCGGAGCAAACCAUGUCUGUGGAAGGUACUGAAAUCAAACAAGAAAAGUAAUAGAGGUAAAUAAAUAUAUAUAGAUUGUAAUUUCAUAUAAGUGAAGAAUGAAGUAAUGUAAUUUAUAUGUUUGAA